CUGUUUCUCCGCAUGUCGGACAGCGAGGCGAUCAACAAAAUCUUGCGGUCUGUUCUUCAGUCCAGGAAUGGUGGUGUGUCCAUCAACAGUCUCCAGUCAGAGUACCGGUCACUGUGUGGACAGAACAUCCCGCUUAUGAAGCUGGGCUUCUCUGAACUGGAGGGCUUCCUCAGAAGUAUCCCUUCUGUGGUCAAGUUGGAGUACCGCAUGGGUGAGCUGAAAUGCUUUGCCGCAGCAUGUAGAGAAACGGCCCACAUUGCUGAGCUGGUGGCCAGGCAGAAGAGCUCCAAAAAGUCCGGCCACUCCCAAGUCGUCAACUGCAAGAUGAGAUUCAAACCCUCCAACCCCCUCAUGUUCAAUUUGAGGCCGAGGUCCUCCCUCCGCCAGCCCUCAGCUGGUGGUGCUUCCAACUGGACAUCAAAUCGUUCUCCGACUUGCGGUGGCUCCAGAGCUUUCAGUGCAUCAGGAGACUACAGGCAGCUGGACAAAAAGUUAAGCUACUUCACACCUGUCGAACAGAGACAACCGGCUGCUCAACCAGCUGUGGGACAGUAUGUCAGGAAAGAGAACGUGUUUGCAAACUGCCAGCAACCCAAAGAGAAGCCCCUGGAACGAACGUCCAGACCAAAUUCAUCCAAGUCCAGCCUGUAUGACGUGGGGCUGAUGCAGAGCAGAAUAACUCUCCUUCUGAAGAGGUACUGCAGUGGACUGUGGAUGUCAAAGAUAUCAGAGCUCUACAGUAAAAUGUUCAAUCAGAGUCUUCACCCUCAGGUGCUCAAAGACCUGGAGAAGUGGACACACAUCUGUAUGUUGGAGCAAACAUCCUGUAAUAACCGAGCUGACAGGCUGGUCUUCCCCCCUCUGCUUCAAAAGCUCUCUGUUGUCCCUCGAAUUGUCGCCAACAACACCCCUGUUACAUCUCCCACUAACUCUGAAGCCAGCACCACACAAACUUCUUCACGUCCCUCAACACCUGAAGAACCCACCCCUAGCUCCAAAAGCCCUUUAGCUCAGCCCACCUUCAUUUUUCCUCCCCAACCUGCUGCUGCCUCUUCAGGCAAGCAGCUCUCCUCUGUCACGUUGCGUAGCCCUCUCCACAACCCAGCUCUGGCUCCCCAAAUACCCCCACGUGCCAGUCGUGCAGCCAAAGAAUGUAACACUCCACCUUGCCCUUACAUUUUACCCCUUUCGAAGCUCACCUUCUCCUCUACCUCUGAUUCUGCCCCUUCCUCAACAACUUCUUCUGUCAUUGUGUCGGUUGAAGUGCGUCAGAGAAUAAAGGAGCUUCUGACCAAGUACAGCCAAGGUUUUUGGGCCCAUGCUUUGCCGGAACUGUUCAUUGAGACAUAUAAGACGCCAUUUCCUGAGAAUGUUCUGGACCACUUGCCUCUUCUCCUGGAUAUGUGCUCUGUGGAGUACCCCAUACCACACGACAAGAACAGGGCCAUCCUGUAUAUCUCAGACAUGGAAGCCACAGACGGGCAGCAGUGCAGUUGUCCCUUCCCCUCUGGUCUCGAGGUCCCGAGCCCCAAGAUUACUCCCGCUCUGCCUCGUCCCUCAGAGCAGUUUCCCUCUGUGCUAGUUACUGAGGCUAAGAGCAAUGCUGUUACCAUAAGGUAUGUAGGCGAGAACUACUCCAAUGCCCAGGAAGCCAUGGAGGAUGCGAUGUGGUCCUUCUACAGCCAAGGCUCCACCCACCACUCUCUGUCUAACCCUCUUGUUGGUCAGCUGAUAGCAGUCAGGGGAGAGGGUGGAGACGAGCUGGCCAGAGCUCAGGUCACAGAGGUUAUGGCCCCUGACAAAGUCAAGGUGUAUUAUGUUGACUAUGGCUUCUCCGUGGAGAUGAGUGGGAGUAAUCUCCUGGAGCUGCACCAGGAUUUCCUCUCUCUUCCCUUCCAGGCCACUAAUGUGAAACUGGCAGGUUUAGAGACUCUCAGCACCCACACACUGGUCCAGUCCUCCCUAGAUAAGUUGGUAGUUGGGAAGAUUCUGCUUAUGGAGACAUUGGAGCCAUGUCAGCAGAACGAGGUGCCUUUUGUAGUGUUGUACGACACGUCACAGGAUGAUGACAUUAACAUUAACUCCACCUGCCUCAAGAGCCUGCAGGACAAUACCAUGAACAACCCUCUGACUUUGAAUGGUACCCAACAGGACGUGUGCGUCACCAAAGUGAGUCCAGAUGGCAUCAUCUACUGCCAGCUUCCCUCCAGAGGAACAGCAAAACUUAAAAAGUUACUGGAAAAAACGGAGGCCUUCUUCAUCCUCCAGAGGACGUCUGAGUCCCUGGUAUCCAGACCCUUCAGUGGAAAGUUCUGUCUUGCCAGCUACAAAGGAAAGUGGUCCAGAGUCGAGAUCACCAACAUGUACAACAACAGAGUGUUGGAGAUCCUCUUCAUUGACUUGGGGAUCUCUGCAACUGUAGAGGUGACUGCUCUCCGAGAGAUUCCCCCUCCUUUACUCAAAGACUUCACCACCAUCCCACCGCAGGCAAUCAAAUGUCGUCUGGCCGACCUCAAAGUUCCAGAGGGGGAAUGGAGCCCACAGGCCGUUCAGUGGAUGGAGGUGGCUGUCAUGAGCUCGGAAGACUGUAAAAUGAAGAUCACGAAACUAGACGAGCACAAAGGUGCACUGCUGGUCUAUAUGUACCUCUUCGUUGGGGUCGACAGCCAGGAACUGCUCAAGAGCAUCAACCAUGAGCUGGCUCAGUCUGAGCAGUGGCAGAAACUUACCACUCAGAACAACUACACAGUCACCAGCAGUACCUAUAUCAUGGAUACAGGUCUCGAUGCUCUAGUGGAGAAGUUGACUCUGAACAGCCCAGUUCCGAGCCCGUUUGUUAAGACUUCAAACCAGCCUUGCCACGAAGCAGACUCCUCUCUCACAAAUGGAACCACCAAAAAUGUGAAGCAGCCACUUCCAUUGCCUCCUUUACUGGAGCUUCCCCAGCCUGGUCAGAACAUGGAUGUGUUUGUGCCAGUGGCCUGCCACCCGAGGUACUUUGUGCUACAGCCAUGGCAGGACCUGCAUAAGCUAACCGUUUUGAUGGGGGAGAUGAUCUUCUACUACAAUCAACACAAGACCACUACCCCCACACACAUUCAGAGUGGAGAUUUCUUUGCUGCCAGAAUAGACAAGAACUGGCACCGCAUUCAGGUGAAAGGCAUUCUGGCCAACGGGUUGGUGUCUGUCUAUGAGCUCGACUAUGGAAAACAUGAGCAUGUCCACAGUAAUCUCAUCAGGCCCCUGAUCGAGGAAUUCCGACAACUGCCUUUCCAGGCUGUUACUGCGCAACUGGCAGGUGUGAAGAACAACCAGUGGUCAGAGGAGGCCUCCAUUUUAUUCAGAAACCAUGUGGAGAAGAAAGCUCUGGUAGCCCAGGUGGUGAGUGUGCAUGAGGGGUCAGAGGUUAAAGGCAAGCUGAAGGAGCCCCGGUUGACCGUUUAUCUUGUGGACACAACGCUGGAGGAGAAGGACCUGUGGAUUCACACCCUCAUGGUCGACAUGGACGUCGAGCUGUCUUCCGCUGCGUAA